AUGAAGGCUGUCGACCAAUUGGUGCGGAAAUGUGGAGAGAAAGUGCACAAUCGAGUUGGGAAGUUCCGAUUUCUGAAUCAACUUGUCAAGUUAAUAACUCCAAAAUAUCUCGGAGCGCAGACAUCUCCUGAGGUCAAGGAGCUGGCAAUAAAACUACUGUACUCUUGGCAAAGAUCAAUGCGACAUGUGGAAAAGUUCAAAGAGGUGUAUGACUCGUUGAGGGAACAUCACUUGAUUACCGCUGAUCCUGUCAUACCGGAAGAGGAAAUAAUGGUUGUACAAUGUGAGUAUUACUAAGG